AUGCUUUCCAGCUCUGCAGCUCAGAGGGACACAUCUAAACCAGAGGGAUCAGUCAGUUCUGAAGCUCAGAGGAACACACCUAAACCAGGGGGAUCAGUCAGUUCUGAAGCUCAGAGGAACGCAUCUAAACCAGGGGGAUCAGUCAGUUCUGAAGCUCAGAGGAACGCAGCUAAACCAGGGGGAUCAGUCAGUUCUAAAGCUCAGAGGAACGCAGCUAAACCAGGGGGAUCAGUCAGUUCUGAAGCUCAGAGGAACGCAGCUAAACCAGGGGGAUCAGUCAGUUCUAAAGCUCAGAGGAACGCAGCUCAACCAGGGGGAUCAGUCAGUUCUGAAGCUCAGAGGAACACACCUAAACCAGGGGGAUCAGUCAGUUCUGAAGCUCAGAGGAACGCAGCUAAACCAGGGGGAUCAGUCAGUUCUGAAGCUCAGAGGAACGCACCUAAACCAGGGGGAUCAGUCAGUUCUAAAGCUCAGAGGAACGCAGCUCAACCAGGGGGAUCAGUCAGUUCUGAAGCUCAGAGGAACACACCUAAACCAGGGGGAUCAGUCAGUUCUGAAGCUCAGAGGAACGCAGCUAAACCAGGGGGAUCAGUCAGUUCUGAAGCUCAGAGGAACACACCUAAACCAGGGGGAUCAGUCAGUUCUGAAGCUCAGAGGAACGCAGCUAAACCAGAGGGAUCAGUCAGUUCUAAAGCUCAGAGGAACACACCUAAACCAGGGGGAUCAGUCAGUUCUGAAGCUCAGAGGAACGCAGCUAAACCAGGGGGAUCAGUCAGUUCUGAAGCUCAGAGGAACGCAGCUAAACCAGGGGGAUCAAGGAACGCAGCUAAACCAGGGGGAUCAGUCAGUUCUGAAGCUCAGAGGAACGCAGCUAAACCAGGGGGAUCAGUCAGUUCUGAAGCUCAGAGGAACACACCUAAACCAGGGGGAUCAGUCAGUUCUGAAGCUCAGAGGAACGCAGCUAAACCAGGGGGAUCAGUCAGUUCUGAAGCUCAGAGGAACACACCUAAACCAGGGGGAUCAGUCAGUUCUGAAGCUCAGAGGAACACACCUAAACCAGGGGGAUCAGUCAGUUCUGAAGCUCAGAGGAACGCAGCUAAACCAUGGGGAUCAGUCAGUUCUGAAGCUCAGAGGAACACACCUAAACCAGGGGGAUCAGUCAGUUCUGAAGCUCAGAGGAACGCAGCUAAACCAGGGGGAUCAGUCAGUUCUGAAGCUCAGAGGAACACACCUAAACCAGGGGGAUCAGUCAGUUCUGAAGCUCAGAGGAACGCAGCUAAACCAGGGGGAUCAGUCAGUUCUGAAGCUCAGAGGAACACACCUAAACCAGGGGGAUCAGUCAGUUCUGAAGCUCAGAGGAACACAGCUAAACCAGGGGGAUCAGUCAGUUCUAAAGCUCAGAGGAACACACCUAAACCAGGGGGAUCAGUCAGUUCUGAAGCUCAGAGGAACGCAGCUAAACCAGGGGGAUCAGUCAGUUCUGAAGCUCAGAGGAACACACCUAAACCAGGGGGAUCAGUCAGUUCUGAAGCUCAGAGGAACGCAGCUAAACCAGGGGGAUCAGUAAGUUCUAAAGCUCAGAGGAACACACCUAAACCAGGGGGAUCAGUCAAUUCUGAAGCUCAGAGGAACGCAGCUAAACCAGGGGGAUCAGUCAGUUCUGAAGCUCAGAGGAACACACCUAAACCAGAGGGAUCAGUCAGUUCUGAAGCUCAGAGGAACACACCUAAACCAGGGGGAUCAGUCAGUUCUGAAGCUCAGAGGAACGCAGCUAAACCAGGGGGAUCAGUCAGUUCUGAAGCUCAGAGGAACGCAGCUAAACCAGGGGGAUCAGUCAGUUCUGAAGCUCAGAGGAACACACCUAAACCAGGGGGAUCAGUCAGUUCUGAAGCUCAGAGGAACGCAGCUAAACCAGGGGGAUCAGUCAGUUCUGAAGCUCAGAGGAACACACCUAAACCAGGGGGAUCAGUCAGUUCUGAAGCUCAGAGGAACGCAGCUAAACCAGAGGGAUCAGUCAGUUCUAAAGCUCAGAGGAACACACCUAAACCAGGGGGAUCAGUCAGUUCUGAAGCUCAGAGGAACGCAGCUAAACCAGGGGGAUCAGUCAGUUCUGAAGCUCAGAGGAACGCAGCUAAACCAGGGGGAUCAGUCAGUUCUAAAGCUCAGAGGAACACACCUAAACCAGGGGGAUCAGUCAGUUCUGAAGCUCAGAGGAACGCAGCUAAACCAGGGGGAUCAGUCAGUUCUGAAGCUCAGAGGAACGCAGCUAAACCAGGGGGAUCAGUCAGUUCUGAAGCUCAGAGGAACACACCUAAACCAGGGGGAUCAGUCAGUUCUGAAGCUCAGAGGAACGCAGCUAAACCAGGGGGAUCAGUCAGUUCUAAUGCUCAGAGGAACACACCUAAACCAGGGGGAUCAGUCAGUUCUGAAGCUCAGAGGAACGCAGCUAAACCAGGGGGAUCAGUCAGUUCUGAAGCUCAGAGGAACGCAGCUAAACCAGGGGGAUUAGUCAGUUCUGAAGCUCAGAGGAACGCAGCUAAACCAGGGGGAUCAGUCAGUUCUGAAGCUCAGAGGAACACACCUAAACCAGGGGGAUCAGUCAGUUCUGAAGCUCAGAGGAACGCAGCUAAACCAGGGGGAUCAGUCAGUUCUAAUGCUCAGAGGAACACACCUAAACCAGGGGGAUCAGUCAGUUCUGAAGCUCAGAGGAACGCAGCUAAACCAGGGGGAUCAGUCAGUUCUGAAGCUCAGAGGAACACAGCUAAACCACAGGGAUCAGUCAGUACUGAAGCUCAGAGGAACACACCUAAACCAGAGGGAUCAGUCAGUUCUGAAGCUCAGAGGAACGCAGCUAAACCAGGGGGAUCAGUCAGUUCUGAAGCUCAGAGGAACACAGCUAAACCACAGGGAUCAGUCAGUUCUGAAGCUCAGAGGAACACACCUAAACCAGGGGGAUCAGUCAGUUCUGAAGCUCAGAGGAAUGCACCUAAAGUAGCGGGAUCAGUCAAAGACAGUUGGAAGUUAACAGACUAA